AUGUCUAGUGGAUUCCAGGUGCUACUCGAUGAAUUCGAUAAGAGCAAGAUUUUUGAUUAUCUCAUUCAAUUAAAUAGCAAGUUGCAAAAUUAUAUAAAAGAAGAGGAGUUAAAUUAUGUUGAAAGUUUAGAUGAAUUGACUAAAAUAGUUUCUAAGUUUGAUAUAACAAUACCAACUGUGAAGCAAUAUAAAUUGAAAGAUUCCAAUGAAGUUAAGAAUUAUGAGUUUUACCAGGAUGAAAUCUCGUUGAAUAUCUUCAAAUUAAUUUCGAAAAAUUUAGUUUUAAUAUUUCAUGAAUUAUCAAACAAAAUCUUUGAUUUUACCAAUGGCUUGUUAAAUCAUUUGAAUUUGAAUGAUCUUGGUGAAUUGAGUCCAAUAGCUAAAGGAUCUAUAGUGAUAUUGAUUGAUUUAUUCGAAACUUAUCCCAAUUCUCUCAAUUCAUUGAUAAAUUUUUCAAUUACUCAAAUUUAUAAGAUUUUAAAGAAAAAUUCAAAUAUAAAUGAUAAUUUAAUAGCUUUAUUACACUCCAUCACCAAAAAUGCAGUUAAAUCUGAUAUAGAUGAUAAAUUCCAAGCUAAAUUGAUUAAACUAAUUAACAAAAAUAUAAUAAAUUUGAAUAUCUCAUAUGAUUUAUCAACUUCAGAAUUAAAUGAUUCAAUGUCAACAAUACUAUUAAAGAGAAAUUAUAUUUUGUGUUUGAAAAAUUUACUCAUCUUAUCAUGUCAAACUAAUUAUGAAGCUUUAUUGGAGUUAUCUACUUCUUCAACUUCUGCAGGUUCAAAAUUAAAACCUGAUACUAUAAUGUUACAGCAACAUCAAUUUCAAAUGAAUCUAUUAUUGUCAAAUGAAAAAUUAAUUCAUUAUGGUUUGUCUAAUUACUCAAAAGAAAUUAGAGUGGCUACAGUUGAGUUAUAUUCGUAUUUAUUAAUGAAUUUUAUAUCAACUGGUAAAUUUGACCCAAUCGAUUAUUUGAUAAAUCAAUUCAAUUUCCCAGAUUUGAAUAAUUGGGAUCAAUCUUUAAGUGCUACAAUUGAUCCAGAAACUGAAGCAGUCAAUAUCGAAAUCAAAAAGGACAAAAACUUAAUUAACUCUCAUGAUAGUGAAAGUAUUAUUCAUCAAAAUACUGAAAAUUUAUUAUUUCAAACAAGUAUUAUAAAAACUUUAAUAAUUUAUAUCCAAUUACAACAAUUUCAAUAUUCUGAUUUUUUAUCGGUUAACUUGAUUAAUAUCUUAGAUUUAAUCUUAUUCAAAUUUAGUGAAUUAAACAAUUUGCCAAAUCAUUUCCAAAAUCAAUAUUGGAACAAAGUGUUAAGACAAUGGGUUUUAUUAGUGGACUAUCUAAUUAAAGAAUGUGGUUCUUCGUGUCAUGAAACAUUAUCCGAAUAUAUUUACUUAAAAUUCUCUAAAAAUUCAUCUUCCUUAGUUCAAAAUGAUAAUGAACCCUCUGGUAAAGUAACUAAAGAUAGAAAACGUGAUUCAAGUGUAUUUGGAUUGAAAACUAAUAAAUCUAGUUCAAAAUCGUCUAGAAAUAAAAAUAAUAAUAAAUCUAUCUCACCUUUAUUCAAUCCUUAUCAAGCUGCUUUAAUGCUACAUAUUAUUGAAUUGCUUUUACCAUUUGGUACUUCUUUUAAUCAUACUUCUAAAAAUGAUGAUGAUGAAUUGGCAAUUGAUGAAGCAGAAUCAACAAUGGUUGAUGAAGAAGAAAAUCAAAGACGUGAAGAAAAACCAUUCUUGUCUGAUUUAUUAUUGAAAUUAAUAAUAAAUAGAAGUGAUUAUAUCAGAGGUUAUGCUUUAAACACUUUAUUAAAAUAUGCUUUGAAUAAUGAAGUUGAGAUCAACCAAAUCAUUUUAAAAGUUUAUAACAUCGUCAAUCAUGAAUUUGCCUCGCUAGGCUCAGAUGAAGUGAACUCAGAUGAUUCUACUUCUUCAUUUGCUUCUGUGAAAAUCAUGAAUAAUUCUUUGGCACUUUCUUGCUUGAUCAAACAAACUGAUUCUAAACUAUUACAAAACUCCACCAUAAUGAAAAUUUUAAGUUUCUGCACUCAAAAUUUGAAGCAUAAUAAUACUAAUAAUCAAUCAAAUUAUUUGAAAAACUCUGCUUGUUGGAUCGUAUUAUCGUCUUUGGUAACAUUUUAUAAUGAAUCAGAGUACAUUAGAUUGAAUUCCUCGCAAUUCUUAGUUUUUUGGAAAAAUUUAUUGACUUCCCAAUUUAUCAGUUCGUCAGUUGAAUCAACCACUCAAGAGGGUCAAAGAAAGUCUAUUUUCGAAAAUUUGAAAUUACGUAAUUCAAGUUUGGUGUGUUUAUUCAAUUACUUGAAUUCUAUCGAAUUAUCCCCUGAAUCUUUGAAACAAGUUCAAUUUUUGUUGACUAAAGCUUAUAAUUACCUAACUUAUUUAGAAAAUAACAUUGAAGGUGUUGGUUCUUUGACAAGUUUUAAUGAUGAAAAUUUCAAUAAAAAUGAUUUUAACCCUAACAUGACAAAUAACUUGAUCUAUACAAAUUACACAGGUAAUAAAAAGCUAUCUUUCGAUCGCAUGAUUACUAGUUUGAUUUUAUAUGGGAAAAAAAUUAUUUUACAAAGUUUUACAAAAUUAUCAACAUUAUUAAAGCUGGAUGCAAAUUCUCAUAUGGUUAUAUUUCUUUUGAAAGUUUUCAGUGAAUCAAAGAUUUUCUCUAGAAUUGGUGACAAACCAAAGGACCAAUCAAAAAAUAAAGCUUUAACAACAAGGGUCAGUGAUUUUGAUUCAACUGUACCACUUUUGGGUGAAGAGUAUAACUAUUCGUUUGGGGUAACCAGUAAAUUCCAUGUGUCCACAGCUAAUAUUGAUGAACUAUUAAUUAAACUUGAUAUUGAUAGCCGAAUUGAACUGGGACUUUAUUAUAAGGAUUCUUUCACGACAGAUAGGAUCAAUUAUCCGAAAAGUUCCAUCGAAAAAGAAUCUGAAGUGAAUUAUAAUUGUUGGUUCGAUAUACUAGAAUCAAUUGUUUUCGAGUCUGUGGAUCAUAAUAUCAAUUAUGAUUUGAAUGUCUUUUUGAUAAAACCUUACUCAUUAUUUUAUCGUGAGUCAACUAACUUGUUGACGUCUUUGGUGGAUUUGUCGAUUGAACUUUUCCAAUUAGUCUUUCCUCAAUUAAGUUUGAAAAUUCAAUCAUCUUUGCUCGAACAAAUGAGGAACUCGUUAACUUCCAAAACUAUUGAUCCUUUAAGAUACAAGGCUAUUUCCAUCAACAUUUCCGUUGCCCUUCAUGGCUUGUUGAAUAAUGCAACCAGAAAAAGGAUUCAAUUAGAUAAAGAUCUCGUGAGUACUGUUUUAGAUAUUAUUGACAAAAUUCACGGCAAUCAUAAACAAUUGGUUUUGAUUAACUCUGACACUAUUGGUAUGGCAUUGUCCAUGAUUUCCAAGGCUUCCAUCAGUGAUCAUAUUUCUAAGCACAUUAAGGAAAUUGUGAAUGAUAUUGAUCCAUACAAAAGAGGUAAGUCUAUUUUAAUCCUAUCCAAAAUAUAUGAACAUGCACACGUUGGAUUCAAUGACAUUUAUAAUGUUAUCUCGCAACUUUUGAAUGAUCCAAAUCCUAUUGUUUAUCAUUAUUCAUUGAACGCAGCUAGCGUUUUACUUGAAAAUAACUUAACAAAUCAUCAAUUUAUUGGUGACUUGAUUGACACAUUACAUUCCAAUUUUUUGAAUGAUCAUUUUAGUUACAGUAUCAAAAACAGAAUAUUGGUGAACUUGAAUGUGAAAUUUGGAACAAUUGGUUUGACUACUAAAUUGUUAAAGCUAUCCAUCACUGCCUUGGGACCUAAUUUGCGCGAUCGCUCUACAUCGAGCCGUUCUAAAAUUAAAAAUCUAAUUAUUGCCUUGAGUUCUGGUAUUGGUUGUUUGACAGUAGAUGAUUAUCUUGAAACAUUUGGCCAAUUACUAGGUUUAUUACAAGAAUUAGUUAUAUUUGAUCCGACUUUGAUUGAAGGAGAAGUUGAAUUUUUCACUGAUUUGCUUAACCUUAUCAUAACGAAAAAUAUCAAGAUUGGUUUGGUUGUCACAAGUCCAACCUCAAUCAAUAAGGAUGCUAUUUUUUCUUUCAACAGCAGCUUUGAAUUAUACAGAUCAGCAUAUGACUGUUAUACUGAACUUAUCAAAGUUUUUGGGGUUCAAGUCUUGAAUAAGGAUACUGUUAGGUUGUUAUGGAUUUCAAUGAAUUUGAGGCCCUGUGAUUCAUUAAAAAAGUUGAUAAAGUUGUGGUUAGAAUCAAGUUUAGACAUGAACUGGUUUGUUCAAUUGAAUAAUUUAUAUAAAGUUUCCUCGAAGAAACUCAUUGGACCAUUCAUUGAAAAUAAUUAUCAACAAAAGUUAUUACCUUUGCAACAAAGACAAAAGAAAAAAUCACGUAAUCAAAUAGAUUUUAAAGAUGAAGAAGUCGAGAGUAUUGUCGCUGAAGAUGAAGAUUUGUCUGAUAAGAAUGAGCCAAUUACAUGGGAAUUUAAAUUGUUCAUAUACGAUUUGCUUAACAUUUUACUUAAUGCAGCCCAUAGAAAUCCAAAAUUACUUGAUCAGUUGAAACCAAAGAUUCAAGAAAUAGUCAAAAUUUCAUUUUUAGGAUCCACUUCAUCAAUUCCAAUUAUAAAGUUGAGAGGUGCAAAUCUUUUAGAUACCGCUUUAGGUCUUUUCGGACAAUUGGCAGAUCCGUUAUAUCCUGGAGUUUCGAUUUUAGAACAACAGCAAGCACAGAUCAUUAGUGCAUUAAUUCCAUGCUUCAGUCCGGAUAGUGAUGCAAAAGUUAUUGUUAAUGCCAUUAAUGUUGGAUCGAAAUUUAUUAAUUUACCAAGAAUCAAAUUUUAUUCGAAGCAGAGAAUUUUGAAAACUUUAAUUUAUUUAUUAGAAGAAAUCUCAUCUAAUAAAUUCCUCAAGUUUGGUUUUUUGGAGCAUAUGUCUGAAUUCAGUAAAAAAUCUAUUCAAUUAUCGAUUCUUAAUUGUUGGGCGUUGUUGAAAAUAGACUCCGAAGAAGAUGAAUCGACCGAACCAGAGUUGAAAGAAACUUUAGAGAAAUAUUCAACACUUUUAACCUCUUUAUGGAUAUUGGUAUUAAGGGAGCUUUCGUCGUUGAAAUAUAAUGAAAAUUCAACGAGAGAAUUAGAACUAUACGAUGAUUAUUGGAUUAACUUUGUUAGUGUAUUGAGUUUACAACUAGAAAAGGAUGAUGAAUUCAUCAAAACUUAUUUGGCAGAGGAUGAAAGUAAUUUCUUUUUCAUUUUGUUUAGUCAAUGUGUUGAAUCUUUAAUUAAGAACAAAAAUGUUGAAGAGAUUUUAAUCUCAUUGAAUAGACUAGUUCAAAAUUCCGAAUUGGUUGAGAUACUAUUCCAUGAUGAAAUAUUUGGGGAGAUAAUUGAUUUGUUUGAUAGAUUGAUAUUGAUUGAUGAAAACACUGAAGUCAAAUGUAAUGUAUUAGAAAUAAUCAGUACUAUAUUCCAUACAUUCUUGAAUAACCAAAAUGGUGAAGACUUAACUAAAUCAUUUGAUAAGUUAUUUGAGUUAAUUAGAGUUACCAUGUCACCUUUGUUUAGUAUAUUACCAUUUUUAAGAACUGAUUUUGAUCCAACCAGUGAAACUCAACAAUUUUCUUUGAAAUAUUGUGAUAGUGGACCAAAUUUAUUAAUCUUGAAGAAAGUAUUUUCAAAAUUAGUUGAUAUGAUUAAUAAAUUUCCAAAUGUUGUUAAAGUUGAUUUAUAUUCGUGUGUUUUAUUUAUUUUUGCCAAAUUUUAUGAAUAUAAUAAUGAAUUGUUGAAUUCUAUUUUACUCCCACAUUUAAAGCAAAUUAUUCUUGAAUCUAAAAAAUUUAAUCUCGGGUUGGUAGAUAAAUUUUAUAACAUCAUUCAAAAGUAUUAUAAAAUCAGUCCAGCAAAUAAUUUUUCCGUCUUGACGUCUUUGAUUCUAAUCACCAGUGGUGACAUUCGCUUAAACGAAGAAGAUUCGGAACAAUUAAGCUGUUCUUUAAUUGAAAUGUUAGAGAGCCCAGAACUAGCACCAAGGGGUAUCCAAUGCAUCAAAUCAUUGAUUCAAUACUCUUCUCUACAAUCAGAUGAUAUCUUAGUUGUUAAAAAAUUGAUCAAAGAAAUCAUCAAGUCCUUAGUUGCUAACAAGAACGAACACAAGAUUGAUAUCAAAGUCUCUUUUGAAAUACUUUUCAUGUUUAGCAAAUUAGAGAAUCAUGAUGAAUCAAAAUCAACUUUACUUUUCUCAAUCUUGAUCCCCCUCCUACUUUCUUACAACAAGGCCGAGAACGGAAACGAUCCUGCCUUGGAUAAAGCUUACUUGAAUGAAAAAUUGUUGAAUUUAAUAAACCAAAAUCCAGCAGCUUUCAAAACCGUUUUAAACUCCGCCUUAUCAGAUGAACAAAAACAACUUACUGAACAAUUAGUGAAGUUUAAUCCAAACACCGUUGAGACUCCGGAUGUUGUUGAAGGACAGUCCGAGAUUCAGCUUAAAACUUUCGGGGUUUGA